UUUCACCACAAGGAUAUGCGCAUGUCUCAGCACCCAACGGAGACACGAUUGAAGUAGAUGCGUUUGCACAGCUACCAACGCUUAAAAUUGACACUGAGGAAGAAGCGAUAAAGAAGAAAAAGGAGAAAAAGAAGGAGACGAUGUGCAGGUCGAUGUGCGGAUGAGAGCGGGAGAGUUGUACCAUGGUGGGAGGAGUGGGAGAUGGGGGAAGAACAAAGAGGACUUAGUUUUGAUCUGGUGGGAGGGUAAGUGCUUCUGCUGUCUCCUGAUGGAGAGUAUGAUCCCAUGGUUUGCAGGAUGAGCUAUCGCGAUCGAAUUCAUCUCGCCGCAGAGGAUUUUAGGCUGGGUCGGACAUGGCCUGCUCAGGGUGUUAGACCAAUCUGGGAUCGUUUCAGACUCUACAUUGGUUUACUCUCCAGCAUGCCUGUGUAUUGCAGGGCCAAAGCACAAAAAGGCAAUCCGACCAUUCCAUAUGAUCGAGAUGAUGCAGAAGAGGUCGAAGGGGAAAUUCCAAAAGCUCACCAAACCCAUACGCCCUCUCAAGUAAGCAUGUCAGAUGCAACGUAUGCACUGACAUCGACCGUUCAAGACACCCUUGAGCAAGGCUUCCAGCCUGGUAAAUCCACCCUCCUCAAUUUUGAUGACCCCACCAGCACAGAACGUGUUCGCCUUGAUGCAUUCAUAACUUCCAUCUCUAAAGGCACCAAAAUCUUCCUCAGCUCGUAUCUCCGUGAAACGGGUCUCAUAUGGACUGAAUCCAAUCUCUUCGUUGCACCUAUGCUCCUGAGAUUCUUCUUCAAGUUUUUGAAACGUACGGGCGUAUUCUGGGAUUCGGAAGAGAGGAUGGGACAGGAGGUGGAGAAUGCAAUUAGAAUCGCAGAGAAGGCAGUAGUGGAGUUGCCAAUCACAGCAAGGCUUGGGAGAGCAGUUCCGGGUAAGGUGGAGAGUGGAUUUGUGGGACUUUGGGGCAGGAAGUGCACUGGAGUGAGUAUGACUGUAACAUCGGGGGCGGGUGACUCGCCAUCGCCAGAAACCGAUGAAACAAUCAGAGUGGACUCUGUGGACACCACCACCAAAGAUGAUGACUCAUGGAUGGACCCCCCCUCUCCGACGCUCUUCCAGAUCCUAGGACCAACAGCACUCCCUCUUGCGUAUAUCACCACUAUUAUCGAGACAGGAACCAGGAGGAUCCGAGAGGUGGUGAUGCCUGGUUCGCAGUCAUUGGAGCCUGUGGAGUCGGCAUUGGCAGCAGUGCAGAAGGAAGGAGAAAAUGCGGCAAGGUACGGUCUGGAGGAAGCCCUUGAGACCGGGUUUGCGAUGAUCAUUCUGGAACCUUGGGUAUCCUCGGAGGACGAGGUAGAGGAUACAUCUGAGAUCGGGAGGCCGACUGUGGGGUGCACAGUUUGUGAUGUGCAUUCAUCCAUUGGGAUGGAGUCUGGAGAUGGGGCCAGAGUGGCCUCAAAAGGGACAAAACUGCCUCUGGCCCAAUGUCACCAUAUCCAUGCACAUGAUCCAUACACUGACGUGAUAAAUGUCCUUGUUGAUUUGGAAAAUGUGGGAUUGUUGAAGGAGGGGAUGGGGAUUUAUGGAACAUGGGUGCAGUUGAGGAGAAUAGAAAAAAUGAAUUCAGAUGGCAUAGUUAUGGGAGAGGGUGGGAACAGAAGAGAUUUGGGGUAUUGGUACAUUGAAGACUUGACAGCUGUCUUCCCAAGCUUUCACACUGAAGGUGAUGGUGUACUUGGGGGGUAUCAGGAGGGAGAAUUUGGUGGUGAAGAUGGUGGAGAUGACUUGUACUGAUGUAGACAGUAUGGAAAGCCAGACUACUGCAUUCUUUGUACAUUAGUGGUGUUCACAAUCAUGUGAUUUAUCCACUGUUUCCUGGCCAUGAG